UUUUUUUUACGUGUGUGUGGGGGGGAGGGGGGAUCUGUCUAGGAUUCAUUUUGGGAUUUUCCUUUUUUAUUGUUUUAUUAUUCUAUUACAAUUGUUUUAUUUGUAAUACUUUUAUUUAAAAAUCCUAAAAAUCAGUGAAUGAGUGGAUCUUUUGAAAGAUGGCAGGAAUGAUGCCCUGCUCCUCUUCUGUUACUGAGGAUAAAUUCCACGGGGAUACCUCUUCUGGUUUUUAACUGGGCAAAGUUUUAAAAUUUCCCUAAAAAUGAGUGGAUAUGCGAAUCUUUCUAAAACUUGGGGGAAAUGAUUCUCUGGUUAUGUUGCGUCAUCGUAGAAAAAUUUGAAGGGAUGAGUCUUGUAGUUUUUUUUAAAAAAGUUGUUUGUAAAAAAAAUAAAAAAAUAUCCUAAAAAUCAGUGGAUGAGCAAAACAUUCUGAAAAUUGGGGAGGCUUAGAGUGGUAGUAAAUGUGUGCUACAAUUGUUGCCAGUUUCCUCCCAAUAGCCCUAAAACUGAGGGAGGGAGGCGCCCCAUUAGUGUCUCCAUUGGCACAAAUGAGCGAAUAACAUAACAAAAAACUAACAAUUUUUUUGAAACCAGGAUCUAUUCAACUCGGAACAUUUACAACUUUUUCAAGACACUUUAGAAUCAAAACAGGGUUCACACAAAUUUCGUUAAGUUGAACAAAGCAGGUUUUUGAAGUCAUCCACACCCCCUAUGAGAUAUCCAAUGAUUGAGAAAGAAUAGGUUCAUAAAACAGAAGGAAAUGAAAGAAAGAUUGACACAGGGAUAGCAGCAAGAUCAAACCACUAGGGCACAUUCUGAUACUAUCAUAUUCUGGAGACAGACAAGCAUAUUUUUUGUUUUUUGUUUUAGUGGGAAGAGAGUCUCAGAUCUGAAUUUUAGGGUCUCCCCCAAUGUAUUCAUAGGAUUAUGGAAUGUGUCUCCACAUGUGUGCAACUUACUUGGGUAUGUUUUGCAUGCUACUUUUGGAGCUCAGUCACAGUCCUUGCUCUCUGCAAGCACAGUUCAAUCAUUUUGCAUCAGAGCAGUGGGUGGAAGCUCUGAGGUUUUUUGUGUCAACCCAAAGGCUUUUCCGUGCAGUGGGUGCAGGUGCGGUGUGGGGUGCAGCACAGGAAGACGGGCGUUCUCUGAUGCAGCAUCUGAGCUUGUCCCACCAGGAGAGAAUAGCAUCCAGAAACAAGCCCCUCCGAUUUAAGAGUCUUCCUGCCAUGCAUCAGAACCAGCAAUGCAUGUAUCCUCAGGUUUUCUGGACAAGCAGUAGUGCAGUUUCUAGUUCGGAUUAUGCCCCAUCAGGACUGUUCCUCAAUGGGAUCCUGCCUCGCCAGGACAUUUUCCCUUCACCCCCUGCGCCAGAGAGGAAAAGGAAUAAGCAGAACACCAGAGAUGGUACAUGCCUCUGUUUUCUGGUGGUGUUUUUAAUGACUCUUCUGGCCCUCAGUGGAGCUGGGUUAGCAAUAUUUCAGGUCUCCCACCUGCAACUGGAACUAAAAGCACUGAAAGAGCUUCCCAUCUCUGGAGAGAUGCUUCGGUCUCCUGAAAAGGUAAAAGUUCUGAAUGGAACAGCAGACCUGAAAUUCAAGAGCAGAGCACACUUAACAGGCAAAGCUAACCAGGAUUCCCUUCCGCUGGAGUGGGAAAGUACCUAUGGGCAUGCCUUUAUCUCUGGAGUCCGCUAUGAAAACAGAGGGCUAAUGAUUGCUGAAGCUGGUGUCUACUUUGUGUACUCCAAAGUGUUCUUCCGGGGCCAAGCCUGCACGACCAAGCCUCUUUACCAUGUUGUGUUUAAGAGAAAUCCAUCUUAUCCUGGCAUACAGCUAUUGAUGGAAGACAGAAAGAUGAGCUACUGUCGAGCAACACACAUGUGGGGCAAAAGUAGCUACCUAGGCGCCCUGUUCAACCUUUCCCGGCAGGACAGCUUGCAUGUUAAUGUCUCUGAUGUCCUGCUGGUCAAUUCUGAAGAAUCAAAAACCUUCUUUGGCUUAUAUAUGCUUUAGAAAAAGAAAUAUUUAUCAAUGUGAGAAAUGUGAACAACAUGAGUACGAUACAAGACAGCUGACCUUGGAAUGUCACACACAACAAAUGUUGCUUUUAUGGUAGCCAUCUUUUUAUAAUUUACUGAGAUAAUAAAAGCAGGUUCCCAAAGAUUUUAACAUGAAUACCUGUACUGCCUUUGCUGAUAACACCACACCCAACUUCAGAAAAUGUUCACCUUUGGGAAGGAGCAUCAAUAGCAACUAAACUGAAAAUAUACAAAUUGUUGCACCCCAGGCCUGGAAACCCCUAUGAUCACAGCACCACGCAAGAGUUCAGAAUAUAAACAAACAGUUUAUUGUAAAAUAUAUCAAAAAUAUAGGAAAAGUUCAGGAAUAGAGAAGAAGUAUAUCCAAAAAGCUUUUAGCAAUAAGCAAUAAUCCAACAGGAGCCCAAAUGUCUCAAACAGAUUCAAAGAUAAUAGUCUAGGAAUAGCCAAAAAUCACAAGAACAGCUUAAGUCCACAAGCAAAAGGUAUCCUUAGAAAAACUUGAUCAUGAAUAAACAUACAUACAUACAGGAACAUAGAAACUCCCAAAGUACUUGAAUCCCAAAAGCAAACGCUUGACUUGAAACAUAGACCAGGAACUCAGGCCUAACUUCCUACUUCAAAUGCUACGUUGCCUGAACUGACUUGAAAGUAAACAGCUUGCCAAUUAAAAGCCACCCAUGAAAGCAUUUCGUCUCCUCUGAAAUCUCUAACUUUCCCACACAAAUGCUUUGCCCUGCAAUGCUUAUUGCCUGCUCUAAUCUGUAAACAAAGGUCUGUGUUGAUUUCCAUAUCUCCAGGUGCUUUUCCUGGGAGCCUAGUGUAUCACUUCUCUGCUCGACUCUUCCUUAUAUAAUGUGUUUGGCUGCUUAGACUAACCUUGAAGGCCUGCACUUUCCCAGUUAGCUUUCUCACUGAAGGAAGCAUCAUUCCCUUGACUUAAAUCUUCAUCACUCCAUGCCCCCGGAAAUUCCACAGGCAAUCCCACAAUUCUCUCUAAAACAUCAGUGAACCCAUCAGUCUCAGGCUGAUCUACAACACCAAUUAAAAAAGGGAAUUUCAAAAAGCUUUUAAAGGGAAGGGGUUUCAACAGCAAAUCUCCCUGGAAUUGAGUUUUUAAAUCAUUACUUGAUUAAUUAAAAGGCUCAUACAUGUAAGGACAAUGGAUCUAGGAACAGGGAUAAUACUGUGCAUUACAUUUUUUUGUUAAUAUUGAUAUAUUGUGUACACAAAAAUGAGGGGUGUGUGAAUCCGUUCUGUUUUUAUGUGUCCCGUUCCCCCCCCCCCCCGAUCUGUUUUCGGAAAGCUUCUGGGAGAAUUGUAAUUCAGAACCCCAAGUUACACUUCCCUUUCGGGAAGAAUUUUCUCAAAAACAGAACAGGGAGUAGGGUCACUCAAAAUCUGAAACUAAAACAGAAUAGAUUCUAUUCUAUUUCUCACACCCCUACAAAAACAUCUUUAAUUAUCUGGGCCUUUUAAAAAUUAUUAUUUUAUACUUUCCUAAAAUCAGUACCCAAAUAUGAAAGGCUACCUGUUUAAAAUGAUAUCUUUGUGUGUUCAUGUGUUGUGUUUUAAGAUCGUGAUUGCUUGUGAAAGCCAGAAGAUGAUUUGGAAUUGAGAAGGAUUUAGUAAAUGACUGGAAUGGUGGGGGGAAAAGUGAAAGUAAGGAAAAAUUAGUAUUAUAUGGGUGUCUGAUCUCACCCAUUUGUGAUGGCAUCUGUGAUAAUUGCUCCAGAGUUAAAACUCACAUGAGCUUAAAUGAUGAACGAACUCCUGUAAAACAUGUCUAUGAGAACUGAAGCCACUGAUAAAGAUUCAGAGUGCAUGUUCUGAAAUUGAAGAAAGGUUGAUUUGCUCUACCUAAAGAAUACCUUUGUGAGGCUGACAUAUUAACUGAGAACUAUUGAAAUUAUGGCCCACGAGGUUCUGCACACUCCAAUCGGCGGCAACCAACAUCGUGCUUGUUUAAAGUAAUAUAUGUCAUUUCUCUGAAA